GAAGAAAGCAAGAAAAAGGAGAACAGAGCUGAUCUACGCUUGCCGUGAGCGCGCACAGUGCAUGUCCACCGCCUUUGGGGCUGGCUGGGCUCAGUCCAGCCCAAAUUCAACAUUUUGGUCAAACCGCCAAACGGGGUGGAGUGUGGAACUGCUCCCUGCCCGUCGUUCGCUACCGCUGCCGUUGUCUUUUGCCAAUUGUCCCAUUGGAUUGGACUGGAUUGGUUUCAAGAGGCAGCUCGUCGUUCGUUUUUGCUGUCGUCUCUAUCGUCUUGCUGUUGGUGAUUGACGGCGUCCUCGUUUUCUUUUAUUUCCCAAUCUGGUGGUGUCCCUUCCUGCCUCUCAGCAUUCAACCCCGUCCCGCACCUGCUCUGAGCACCGCGUGGUGACAGCUGGACCGACGACACUCUCGCGCCUCUUGUUCGACCGGCUUCACCGUGCCCAACACGCCCGACGGACGGCUUGUAUCCAGCCGGCACGGCUCAAGUAAAAGUCGGUGGCCUCGAUCGCGACGAAUCUUCAACAACAUCGUGCUACUCCAUCAGCUCGUCUCCCAGACGGUCAAUUGGCGGUCCGGCCGUCGCUCAGUACACCAUGAGCAACCUCCCGGCCCCUAUUUCCCAAGAUGGCCCCGACCAGCACGAUACCCAAGUCACCUCUGUUGGCCUGCCGCAGACAGCACCACGGAGUAACGGCAAGCCCAACAGUUUGAACGUGCCCCUAUAUAUGCAAAGAAACGGCAACAAGGUGCUUGUUCGUCGACCCAAGCGAAAGGAUGAUGGGGCUCUGAAAGGUCUUGCCCGGUGGUUUGUUGCCAAUCAAAUUGGACUCUCCUGCAAUCUCGUCGCCCUCCUCUUCCUGGCCCACAGCAUGCCCCGCGCGCGCGAGUACACAUCCAAGUUCUUUACGCUCUCGUAUUACAACCAGAAUACAGGGAAAUACUUCCUCGGUGGCGACGAUUGGUACCUCAUCGCUUUCUUCAUCGUGGUGUUGACGGGCUUGAGGGCUGGGAUAAUGGAAUACGUGCUGGCUCCGUUUGCCAGGGCUAAGGGAGUUCAUAAGAAGAAAGACAUUGUAAGAUUCAGCGAACAAGGCUGGUUGUUGGUCUACUAUUCUUUCUUCUGGCCCCUGGGAGUGUACAUCUACCGGACAUCUACCUACUAUCUGAGCCUCCACGAUCUUUGGAAAGAAUGGCCGAAUCGUGAAAUGGAUGGGCUCAUGAAGGCCUACACCCUGGCACAGCUGUCUUUCUACCUGCAGCUACUCAUUGUUAUCAACAUCGAGGAGCGUCGCAAGGACCACUGGCAAAUGUUUUCCCACCACAUCGUUACAAGCACCUUGAUUUAUGCUGCUUACAGAGAGGGACACACGCGCGUGGGCAAUCUCAUUCUGGUUCUGAUGGAUGUGGUGGACAUUUUCCUUCCCUUCGCCAAGUGUCUGAAAUAUCUGGGCUACAAGACGAUUUGCGAUGUCAUGUUUGCUGUCUUCAUGGUCACAUGGUUCAUCGCGCGACACAUAUUCUUUCCGAUGGCCAUCUACUCCGUCUGGGCUCAUACCCUGAUCUACAUGAACGGCUGCUUCUAUGGGCGCGAACUUGACGGACCGCACCCGCCACCCGCCAACGACACCUGGCUUUAUAUUGCGAGACCGCUCUGGGAUACCGAUGCACCAGUCUGCUUCAACCACAACUUCAGGAACGGAUUCUUCGGCAUGCUGUUUUUCCUCCAGAUUCUGACCGUGAUGUGGUUUUAUCUAAUCAUACGAGUUGCCAUUAAAGUGAUCAAGGGAGGCAGCGCCGAGGACACGCGAAGUGAUGACGAAGCAGAUGAUCUCGAGGAUCUGGAUGAGUAUGUUUACGAGGAGGCGCAGCCGCUUGAGGAGGAAGUUGGCGCAGACGAAAUCAACCUGAAGAGCUGGGAGAGGAGGGUGGCCCGCGGCAAAAGGUCAACAACGGCAACAGGAGUCAGCUUGCCUGGUCACAGCGACCGUAAGGAACUCCUCGGACGAAUCGGUUGCGAGAAGCAGGUUGACUAAGGUGGCGAUGAUUGUCUUGGUUAUAUUUGCCAAAAAAUACCUUUUUCCUUUUAUAGCGACAAGACCCGGGCAGGAAGGCAAUGGUUGCCAGAGCGAAGAAUGCACAGUGGUAUAGACGAGGGCCGGCCCACAAUCACCAACACUACCGCUUUGACUUGAGGGCGAAAUGCAAACUAGGAGGGUACACUAAUUGUGGGCGUUGGGGAGAUCAUUUUUUUGUUUUCGGAUUGACGGGUUUUCCGAAAUGUCUUUCUCCGUUGCGUAUACAUCGGUGCCUUCCUUUUUUUACUGUCACCGCCUCGCAACCAGCCCCCGCUUCUUUUUUCUUAUUUGGUUGCCCAUUUACUUGCGAAGGGCUGAUUUGUGAGAGAGUGGAAAGUUGUGGGGUGGUGUUGGGAGUCUACUGUUGCAUGGUUUCGCCAGCUGCUGCUCUGGUUGCUCAAAAAAUGGUGGAGGGGCAGGCAUUGGGAUGGAACGGAUAGGUGGGGAGGGGAAUUGGAACAUACACAAACAAACGAACGAAACGAACCCGAGGCGGGGAAAAAAGAAUACCCUAUUAUACCAGUUUUGUUUUCAUGCGUCGAUUAAUAUUGAAUAGAGAGAGAGCUGUUGGUGUACGGCUUAACAAAGAAUUUGUUAUGUCUGCCUCCUGACAGUCUGUCCAGGUUGGGGAAAGAUGGCUGUCUUUCAUCUUUAGUCCACAAACAUCCUUUGGUUUGUCACAAGACAGAGAGACGCGGCGAGCAGCACAUUAGUAGUUUUAAUAUCAACAAAUACCCAAUAUUUCCCUUCGCGUCCUGUCGUCUCAACCCGGGCAACUUG